AAGUUUUUGUUAUAGAAAAAGAAAUUGAUUUAAAGUUUUUUGUAUAUUUUAGCCGAUAUGAAUGACUUUUAAUUAAAAAGCAGUGUUGACAACGUUUUUAAAAAAAAUUUGGUUAAGAAAUUAAGUAUGUGAAAGCCAUAAAAAUAAGUAUGUGAAAGCCAUGGCGGGAUUUCUUAAAAAAAUAUGGAAAAAAAACGAUGUAAAAGAUGAAGAAGCCUUAAAAUCUACUAUUAACAUCAAAAGUGGUUCAUUAGGGUAUACAACACUGCAUGAUGCUGUUGAAUCUAAAAAACCUAAUGAUGUUAAGAGAUUACUUGAUUUAGGGGCAGAUGUAAAUUUGAUGGCAGAUGGUGGAUAUACACCACUGCAUCUAGCAGCAUAUAUAGAUGCAUGCAGCUGCAUUGAAGUACUACUUGAUUAUAAUGCUGACACAAAAUUAUGUAAUCAAGACAAACAAACACCUUAUGAAAUUGCAGUUUGUAACAAUUGCGUUAAUUCAGCUCAACUCCUACUAAGUCAUGAUAUUCUAACAUGUCUAAAGCAAAAACGCAAUUAUGAAUUUUUUAAAUACCUAAAAACAGUUGGUUGCAAGAGUGUUACUCCUGAUUGUUUUGAUAAAUGUCUAAAAUUAGCAGUUGAAGAAGACAACUUUGCUGUAAUAGGAAUUAUUUUGCUUCGGAAACCUCAUAAUGCAAAAGAAUGUUUGAUUGAUGCACUAAAAAAUGAAUUAUAUUCUAAAAGCACUCUUAUAUUGUUAUUAUGUUAUGCUGUUGAAAAACACUUUAAUGAUGUAAUCAAAGUAAUAUUUGAGAAUAAAGAUUUGGAGUCAAACAAAAAUCAAUUGGUAAAGUGCGACAUUCAAAUUUCUGCUAAAAGUUUGCAUCAUCUAAAAUCAUUUGUAAGCAAUGACAAAGUGUUUGCUUACCUAGUAAGCAUUGGAUGUAAUCAUAUGGUAAAAAAUUACAAAGGUGUUGAGUAUAUAUUAUUGAACAUGUUUUGCGAUAAUAAAAAUCUUAAAGCUUAUUGGAAAGGACUUCUGCUACGUUUUCUUCAUAAAGAUUGGUUUAAAAGUUUAAUAGGCUUUAAAUAUGUUAUCCUUUCUUGUAAUCAAAUUAAAAACAUACCAACUGGUGUAUUGAGUUAUCUUGAAGCUGUUGAAAUAUUAAAUCUUAGUUUAAAUAAUUUACAAGAGGUUCCCUCUGAAUUGUUUAGGCUUCCCAAACUUUACAGUCUAAAUCUUUCAUCAAAUCAAUUGAGACACCUGCCUGAUGUUAAAGAAUGGUCACCAUUUCUUACAACAUUAUUUCUUACAAAAAAUUUAUUGGAAACUUUCCCAUUGCAUGUAGAAGAACUUAAAUUAAAACACUUAUUUUUAUCAAAUAAUAGAUUAAAAUGUUUUCCUGAAAGUAUAUGUAACCUGAUAUGUUUAGAAACUCUUGAUAUUAGUCAAAAUGUUGAUAUAAACACCUUACCACAAAGCAUAGGAAACUUAUCAAAACUUACUCAAUUAGAUUUGAUUGGCUUAGAGAUUAAAAAUCUUCCACCUCAGUACAAAACUACAAAAGAUAUUUUGAAUUAUUUAAAAGGAAAACUACGACACUCAAAACCUUAUUAUAAAAUGAAACUAAUGAUUAUUGGGUUUCCACGACAAGGAAAGACAACUCUGCUUAAAAGACUUAAAGAUGACACUAAUUACAACAUGGAUCAAGCAACACACGGUAUUGAUAUCGAAGAGAUCACAAUUAAAAAAUCUUUAUCGAGAAAGGAGUUUAUUUUUCGAGUAUGGGAUUUUGCAGGACAAGAGGAAUACUUUGCAACCCACCAGUGCUUUCUGUCUUCUUCCUCCUUAUAUAUAUUGGUUUGGGAUGUAAGUAAAAAAAAUGAAUACGCCCAACUACUUCAACCAUGGUUUGAAAAUUUAGUUGCUCGAGUAAAAUUUUUUUAUAUUAUUGUUGUUGGUACAAAAUUAGAUCUUCUUGAAAGUGAUAACAUAGAUAACGCUUGUAAUCAAAUGAAAACUGAAAUUGAAACGCUUAUAGAAACUAUUCCUGCUAUUCGCAAUUUAAAAUAUAGUGAUAAAUAUUUUUCUAGUAGAUUGAAAAUUUGCUUUGUUUCUCUGAACACAAAGUUUCCUAGUUAUUCUAAAGACAUCGAGAAACUUAAAGCAGAGAUCUAUGAUUUGGCUGGAAAUAUGACAUAUGAUGGGGAAAAAAAUGGGGAGAAAAUAAUGGGUAAAAUGUUUCCACAAAGUUAUACAAAAUUGGAAGAAAAAAUAAAUGAAAUCAAAAAUCAGAAAGUAAAAAAUUGUGGAAUUCCAAUAAUUAGUCAAGAAGAAUUCAUUUCAAUGGGAAAGUCAUUAAAAUGUGAUAAUGAUGUAUUUCAAGAUGAUGACUUUGAACCAGCAACUAAGUUUCUGAUGAACACAGGCACUAUUCUUUAUUUUGAUGGUGCAAAUAAAGGUUUAAGAGAUUGCGUUUUUAUUAAUCCAUCUUGGGUUUGCAAAUUGAUGUCAAAUUUUAUUACUGUUGAUGCUGUUCAUACAUUUGUUAAAAAUGGUAUCUUAGAACAAGAUAAAAUUCCAUUGAUUUUAAAAGAAGAGUUGGGUCAUCAAAAUCCUGAUUUAAUAAAGAUAUGUAUAAGUUUAUUAUCACGAUUCCAAAUUGCUUGUAAGAUUGAUGAUCAUAGAGUUCUUAUUCCACCGAAACUUCCAAGUUACGAUCCAAAACAUGCGUUGAUUAAUCAAAGUAGUCUACUCACUCGUUAUUAUUUCUUUAGCUGUAUACCUGAUGGUUUUUGGGCUCGAUUUAUUACUCGUUUUUUAUCAAUGACUAAAGAAAUGUUAUCACCAAAACCAAUUAAUGAAACCAAGCCCAAAUUUUCUUUAAUUGGGAACAAUUUACCAAAAGAUGAGCUAGAUGCUGUAAUGUCUUAUUUUGAAAAUGAGAAACCUCCUAAAAUAAAUGAAACAAACUCGUCAAACAUUUUAUAUGUUAUAACCUCUCCCAAAACAAACUUUACUUUGAAUCAAAUUCAUUUAUCUCAACAACUAUCUAGAAAUAUAGAGCCAUCAAUUAACAACCCCUCUGUCUUUAAUAAUGUUGAUAAUUUAGUAUGUUGUCUUCCAAUAAAGUCUUUUCCAAAUAACUCUGAAACAUCAAAUGAAUCUAAAAUUAGCAAUUCAAGUAAUUUAUCAAGCAAUACUGUUUCACCUGAGAGUAUUUUUAACCCUGAUGCAAAAGCUCUGUAUAAAAAUUCUAGCAGCUGUAACAAUAGUAUAAACAAAGAAAUUAAUAGCGAUUGUAAUAAAAAAGUUCCAAAUAAUUCACACGAUGAAUGUCUAACUUUGAUAUCAUCCACUGAUGUUGUAGUUGUAAAAAAUGAAUUUAAUUCAGAACUUCCUGGUAAUGAUGAAAAUGAUAACAAUCAACGAAAUAAUGAUAGUGAAAAUUAUCAAACAGAUUGCAUGAUAGGUAAAUAUGAUUUAGACCAAUUCUAUAAUAAAGAUAACAGUGUUUCUAAUAAUCAUCGUGAUGUUGAUAAUGGUGUUAAUAAUUUUAAUAAUUCCACCACAAAUAGUGUUCAUAGUGAUUUUUAUAAUAGAAUCAAUAAUAACUUUCUAAAUUAUUUUGAUAAUGGCUCAAGUUAUGAUUUAAAUAAUGACAUCAAUAACUGUGUUAACAAUUGUAUUAAUUAUGACAUCAAUGCUGAUCAUAAAGAUUUUAAUAAUGGCAUUUAUAAUGAUGUCAUCAAUAAUGACAUUUAUAAUGAUGUUAUCAAUAAUGACAUUUAUAAUGAUGUUAUUAAUAAUGACAUUUAUAAUGAUGUCAUCAAUAAUGACAUUUGUAAUGAUGUCAUCAAUAAUAAUGACAUUUAUAAUGACUUCAAUAAUGGUAUCAAUAAUAAUAUCAACAGCGUUUAUAAUGAUUUAAAUAACGACAUCAAAAGUUCAAUUAAUGGUAUUAAUUAUAACAUCAAUAAUGAUGUUUAUAAUAUCAAUAGUGACAUAAAUAAUGAUAAUAAUAUCGACAUAAAUAAUUCCCAAAAUAGUUGUGCUUUUAAUGGAUUAAACUCUGGCAUCAAAAAGGGCAUUAAUUAUAAUUUUGAUAAUGGCAAUAAUGAUGUUAAUGCAAUGAUUAAGUCUCUUCCUACAGGAAAUAAUGAAAAUUGUUUUACUCAUGUCAGUGAAUAUAAUAAUUUUGUACAGCAUCAUAGUUAUUAUAUAAAUGUAUUAAAAGAGCUUCAAGGUUGUGUAAUCCAAACGUUUGAAGCAAAUUCGAAUGAGAGAAUUUCAAGUGAUAGCAUUGUAAAUAAAGGAUUAAAUUCAGUUGUUCCAGAAAAUGAAAUACCUGAAAAUAAAACAAAAACCAUCUGUCUUACUGAUUCCAAAUCAGAUUAUAUAAUUGAUCAGAACAUGACAAACAAUUAUGAAAUUAGUUUUGAACAAUAUUGUGAAAAAUGUUGUGAUCCUUUAACUAUUGUAAAUGAGCUAAUCAAGGAUAAUUCUAGUAACUUUAGCGACUGUAAUUGUAGUGAUGGUAAUUGCAGUGAUGAUGAGAUUUCAAAUCAAACUAAUUAUAACAUAAAUUCUGAUUCUAAACUUGUCUCUAUUUCAUUAGAUGCUCAUGUUAAUGCUCAUGUAGAUGAUAUUGUUUCCAAAAAUGAUGACUUCGAAAAUACUGUAAUUGAUGACUAUAUGCAAAUAAUAACUGAAACGGAUAAUUUUGUCAACUUUAAUGCUAGUAUGCAAACUGUUUCAAAUUUAGACUAUAAAGAUUAUACUUCUGCGAAUGAGGAAAUAAAAGAGGAAAAUGAUGAAAUUGAAUCUCAGCUUAUAAAUGAACUGUCCAUUAAUGAUGAAGAUUAUGAAGAACAUUUUAAUGAUUACGGAGAAUUAGCUUAUCUGUUAGACAAGGGUUAUUUAAGUUGCUGGAAUCAUGGAGUCAUAUUUAAUCAUCCACAAUUGAGUUUUUCUGUACAACAGCUACCUAUAUUGUAUAAAGCAGAUAGAAAAACAAUUGAAAUAUGUGUAACUAAAUCUUCCUUAGGCUAUCGUGUUCUCAGCUAUGUUGUUGAUCAUAUUAGAACACUUUUAGAUGAAUGGUUUGAAGGUUUGUUGAUGUCCCACAAGGAACCUCAUGUAGUUUCUUCCCUUGCAUGUCCUGUAUGUGUGAGCUUGGGCAUAAAUCCGCCUCAUUUGUUUAACAUAACUAAUGCCUUUCAAAAACUGUAUCAAAAUUCAGAAGAUAAUACUUGUGCUGUGUUUUGCAAACAAAAACAUGUACCAAGGACAAUAAAUAUAACAGAAUUUUGUCCGGAUCUUACAUUUCAAGAUUUACCGAAAACAAUGAAAUUUAAUCCCAAUGAUAUUCAAUGUGAACAAAAUGAAAAAUGCAAACUGGGACAAGGAGCAUUUGGAAAAGUGUAUAGUGGCUUAUGUAAGAACAAAAUUAGAGCUGCAAUCAAAUUUUAUAACUUCAAUAUGAACAAUUCAGAUGAACUUUCAUCAUCAUUGAAUCAAUUUUACGAAAUUCGACGAGAAAUUGUAAUGCUCAGUAAAUUACGUCAUCAUCCUUAUAUUGUUCAAUUUUUAGGUUUCUUACUGAAGCCAGAAUUGUGUGCUGUGAUGGAAUGUGCUAGUCAUGGUGCUUUAUCAUCUGUCAUUUAUGAUAAAUCCAAAACCAAAGUUAUCCCCAGAAUUGUUAAGUUUCGAAUUUGCCAGCAAAUUGCAAGUGCUCUAGCUUUUAUGCAUAAAAAAUGUAUUAUUCAUCGCGAUAUAAAAUCAGAUAAUAUUUUAUUAUUUUCGCUUAAUCACGAAGCAAAAAUUAAUAUCAAGUUAACUGAUUUUGGAACAGCGAACAUCAUGAGUCCAAGUGGUUUAAAAACAUUUUUUGGUACUAAAGUUUAUGCUGCUCCAGAAAUGAUUUCACACAGAUUAUUUUGGGAUGAAUACACAUCUAGUGUUGAUAUAUAUUCGUUUGGUAUGGUUAUUUAUGAGUUGAUUGCAUUUAAAAAACCCUUUUAUCAUGUUAAAGAAUUGGAAAUAGAUAAUGAAGUCAAAAACGGGUAUCGACCAAAGUUUUAUAAUGUUGCUGAUGCAUUUUACGGGUUGAGUAAUUUAACAAAGUUGAUGAUAACCAUGUGGAAUCAAGAACCUUCCAAAAGACCUCAUGCUAAUGAUAUUCUUAAUACAUUGUCUCCAACUUUUCAAUUAGUUUUUGGUUAUAAAAUGUUAGCUUCUGCAGAAAACCCACGCAAUAUGUGUUAUGUUAACAGUAGCAAGGAACUUUGGAUAACAUGUGAUGACAAGGAAGAACAAUCUAUUAUCGUGAUCAAUAUGGAAAGUUUUAAAACUGUCAAAAAAAUUGAAAUAAAUGCUACAUUGUUUGGUUUGGAGAGUUUCAAUAUGUCAUCCAUCACCACUAUCGGUGAUAAGAAUGUAUGUGUUGUGUUGAAAAGUGUUAAUGAUGUCAUUUUAGUUUAUACAGCGGAGAACUACAGUGUUAUUCAUUACUACAAAAUAAAUAAUAUUUAUGUUUGUUCUAUCUCUGCGAACAAGGAUUCGGUAUGUCUUGGGUUUGACGAUGGUCGUUGUUCUAAGGUUUCUUUAAAAAGUUUUUUGAAUGGAAAGAUGUUGAAAAAAUCUUAUCUCUUUGGAUCUUCGGAAAAAAAAAAAAUUUCGGUGACUACUUCAGUUUUAUUAUCCGAAACAUUUAUUUGGUCAUCGGGUGAUUCAUUCAAAUAUUGCAAUUUAAAAAAGUAUGAAGAUUGCAAGAAAGUUAAAUGUGAUACUGAACAAGAAGUUAAAGAAAUUAGUUUCUCGCUUGAUGAAAAACUUUUUUUCGUUUAUUAUCAAUGUAGUCCUGAAAUUGAUAUCUACAACGUAGAAACAAAAAAACUCUUACAUUCAUUUAGUUGUCAAGACGAUAUUUUUAUGUUUUUACCGAAGGCUUCUGACAAUGAUAUCAGGGUAACGUGCGUGUGUUCAGUUGACGAUAUGUUAUGGGUUGGUACUGGAAGCGGACAUAUACUUAUUUAUGAGUUGCAUAACAUUGAGCAUAUUUAUAAAACUAAACUAUUGCAAACACUUCACCCAUAUGAGAUCGAAGUGAGAAAGCUUUUACUUGUUGUCAUGACUCAACCACGUCACGACGGCGUAAAAUACGUCAUCGUAAGUAUUGGCAGUAAAUUGAACAGUUCCGCAUUCGGAAUAAAUUCGUUUUUUGAAUUUAACGGUUAUAUUCCGAAAGAUCAAACAGCAAUUGAUCAAAAACUUUAUACACACUUAGAUAACGAUGGUAACGAUGACGAUAACGAUCGUAAAGCCGGUAAAGUAGUUAUUGUUUGGCAUGUUUUGCAGUCACAUCAAUACAAAAACUUAAUUUUUUCUUCAUAUUAAAAAAGUUUGGUUUACCCAAUACUUUGGUAUACGUUAAUCGUCGCUUGGUGUGACACACACCAUAAAUAUUUUGGUUAUGAGAUUUAAUUUUUAACUUUAUCUUUUUAAAAUAUAAUAUUUCUUUAAAACAUAAAAUAAAAAAAUUACCACUCGCGAUCUAAAUUUUAAUUUUAUUUA